AUGUCACACUUAGAUAAUGAAAGUUUGUUUGACAAUGAAGAGCAAGCAUACAAAUCAGCAUUCUUCAUAGUUAUUGUCCUCUAUAUAUCUGUAUUUUAUCUUCGAUAUUUCCUCAACUCAAAUCGUCUCCCCGGUCCAGUUCCCCUUCCGCUUGUUGGAAACUUACCACACUUAAUACUUUUACUGUUCCGCGCAAAAUUCAAUCUAUCCCAAGUGAUACAAAUUUUACAUGCAAAACAUGGGGACUUAUUUCAGUUAUAUGUCCCAUUCUCUUUCAAAGAUCCGCUCAUUGUAAUUAGUAAUGCUCAGAUUGCAUCCACGAUUUUUGAUAGCAUAACGAUCGCGAAAAGCAAGUUUAAUCUUCGUACGGGUCCGAUACAGGGAAUAGAUGAGCUGGAUAUAUCGAAAAAAGGAUUAUUUUUGAAUAGGGAUACAGUGAGUUGGAUCAGAAAUAAAAAGUUUUUCAUGGAUGGUCUUGCAUCGGUCAAUUAUGCUGAAGAUUGUGUAUUGUAUGCGAGAACAGCAUUUAGAGAAUUGGAAAAAAGUUGGUUUGAAAUCGGAUUAUUCAAUGGGGAGCAAGACUUAGUUGCCAAAGUGAAUUUAGUUGAAUGGAUAUUUCGAUGGACAACCGACAUAUUAUUUCAAGUGACAGCGAGCGAAAACGUCAAUUCAAUUCAGACAUACAAAAAGAUAAUACUUGAAAAAAUGAACCACAAAGAAAAGAAAUCGGAUAUCAAUUCAUCAUUUAAGAAACUGACAAGCUCAUUAUUAGUCGCACCCGCCAGCAGCGUAUCCGAGUCUAGGAUAGUAAUCGACACCGAAACAUUUGUACGAAGCAUACAAGACUUCUUUCCAGCUGUAUGGUUAUUCCUUGCGACUCCUAAAUGGGCACGUGAUUACAUACCAUCUGUUUCAACAAUGGCACGACGUUUCAAAAACAGUUUAGGAGCGGUGAAUAAGGAGCUAGUAAAAAUUGUUAAGAAGAAGCAAGAAGAAUUUGCUAUUAAUAAUGGUCAGGCCAAAGAAGUAAAGAUGGAUUUUUUGACAAUGAUGAUUACUGAAGAAAAGGAUAAAUUGGUACUUAGUGAAGAUGAUAUUCGAGAGAAUUUGUUGCAUGCUUUAGCAGGCGGAGUAAAUACCGCAUCCUUUGUAGCCUUCUCUGAUCUAAACAAGAUGCCAUCAUCAACAGACUGGACAACAGUCAUUAUUCUCUUGAUAAUUACCUACAUAUGUUUCUAUUAUCUUCGCUUUCUAAAUCGACAAACACGUCUUCGUGGUCCGAUUCCAUUACCCAUAGUGGGAAAUUUGCCUCAACUCAUUUACUACCUCACAAAAUACAAAUUCAAUCUUGACAAAGUAAUUUGCGCACUUUCACACAAAUAUGGUGAUUUCUUCGAACUCCAUAUCCCAUUUCUUGUCUCUUCUGAUCCGGUGGUUGUGAUUGGAAAUGCAGAUCACACACGAAAAAUAUUUGCAUCCUAUUCAGCAUCCGGAAAUUAUACGAAAAGAGUGGUAUAUCGACAAGGAUUGGAUGAACUUGGAUUCUUGAAAAAAGGUGUUUUGUUCAAUCAAGAUAUUCCGAAUUGGCUUUUCAAUAGAAAAUUCUUCAAGCAUGGUAUUGUGGCGCAGAAUGUUCUAAAAGAAAAUAUUAAAACGUGCAUAACCUCUUUUGAAGAGUUGGAAAAAGCAUGGAUUGAAAUAGGACCGAAACAAAACGAGGAAACUAAAAUGAACGAGGAAACUAAAAUGGUCGCUGAAGUGAAUUUAGUUGACUGGUUAUUGAGAUGGUCUACUGAGAUUAUUUUCCAAGUAUCAACGCGUCGAAGAGUGAAUGCCAUCUCUCGAUAUAAAGACUCCCUUUUAUCUCGUCAAGUAGAACCCACGAUCUUGGAAGAGAAUGACAAACAACCAAUACAGAUUAACAUUGACACUGAAUCUUUUAUUAAACACAUUUGUGAUUUUUUCCCGACACUUUGGUUAUUUCUCACCACCCCCAAAUGGGUACGAAAAUAUCUUCCACCUGUCGCUCGAUUAGCAAAGGAAUUAAAACGGAGCAUGAAUGAAAUCAAUAUUGAUCUUUUGAAAGUAAUUCAAGAACGACGUACAGAGAUCAUUCAUCAUUCAAAAUCAGAAACCGAACAGGAAAAAGAAAAAAUGAGAGAUUUUUUGACCAUGAUGAUUACGAUUAAUACCCCUUGGGAUAUUACUAAAGAAACUAAUAUUGAAGAUGAAUUGCAUGUCAAUAAGCCGAUGAGUGAUGAUAUGAUUCGAGAGAAUUUAUUGAAUUCUUUGGCUCCCGGUGUCAAUUCGGUAGUAUCAUUUAACGUUGAUCGUGAUCUAAAUUUGAGAAUUAAUUCUGAUGAUGAUAUCGUUGAAGAAAAUUAUUUCAAAGGUGGAACCCAAUUUAUAAUUUACCAUGCAGGAAUCCACAUGAACCCUCGUCAUUGGAAACACCCCGAGAUAUUUGAACCCGCCCGAUUUCUUGCUCCUCCAAACAAUAUAUCGCUUGCCACAUCAUUAGAAGCGAUUUCUCUGUCAGACGAGGUCUCGUCUAAGAAUUCUUUUCUUUAUUUUGGUGGAGGAUCGCUGAACUCUUCGAUAAACUCGCCACCCAAUAGCAUGGAGUCUCGCCUCUUAAAAUAA